UCCCUCCCUCUGUUCUACGUGUAAAGCCUGGCAGUUCGGGACUCUGAGCCAUUUUGUGAAGCUCUCUCGGAAGGGUGCGGUCUACUCAGCAGGCUCUGCAUCUGCGGACACAUAAUUCAGUGCUGGCUCACGAGGCUUUCUGAAUCCAAGGACUUGGGGGACUCAAGCCCUUUUGUAAAGGUCCUCGGAAGGGGAAGGUGAACCUGUACAGUGUGUGGUAUCACCAAACAGCAGACAGAGCUACCAGAGGGAAUUGUGUAGUAUCUUCCAACAAUACAGGCAUUAGUCUAAAGGAGCUGAAGGACUUGACUCAAGUCAUCAGAGGAAGGAUCUGGUACACCAGUGUGAAGGUUUGUGAAUCUUCAUCCCUGUGACCUGAACAGUGUCUUGCCUGCUCUUUCCAAGGAAACUCAAGAUGGAACCUACUGACAACAGCCAGAACUUCAACCUCUGGGACAUCCCCCAGGCCCAAAUCGAAGAAAGGGGCCCCGAGGAUGCCCAAGGCCCAAUAGCUGAGGCAGGGGAGGUGGAAGCCAUUGCCACCAUAUCAGGGGAUGUGUCUGCUGGAGAAGAACCUAGUUCUCCUCAGAGAGCCUCCUCUCCUCCCACUGCUAUGGGUUUCAUUGGAGAGGCAUCAUUUGGCAAUCCUCUAGCAGGGGUACCUGGUAUUGAAUUCCAUGUUCAUGGUGAACUAAAUGGAAAGAUAGUUGAUUUGGUGAGAUUCUUGCUAGUCAAGUUUAGAAGGAUGGAGAUAACCAGUAAGGAAGAAAUGAUCCAUAGGACCAUGAGAGAUUAUGAGGAGCACUACUCUGUGAUCUUCAGUAAGGCCGCUGAGUGCAUGAAGCUGAUUUUUGGGGUUGACAUGAUGGAAGUGGACCCUUUUGUCCACUCCUAUUUCCUUUACCCUGCUCUGGGGAUCACCUAUGAUGGGAUGCUACAUGGAGUUGUAGGCGUACCCAAGACAGGUCUGGUUAUAAUUGUCCUGUGCAUCAUCUUUAUAGAGGACAAUUGUGUCAGUGAGGAGGUAUUCUGGCAUGUAAUGAAUAGCCUAGGAAUGUAUGCUGGAGUCGAUCAUUUCAUAUUUGGGGAUCCCAGGAGUCUCAUCACUGAAGACUUUGUGCAGGAAGGUUAUGUGGAAUACAGGCAGGUGCCCAACAGCCAUCCUCCUCGCUUUGAGUUCCUGUGGGGCCCAAGGGCGUAUGCUGAAACCACCAAGAUGAAAAUCCUGGAGUUUUAUGCCAGCAUCGUUAGGCAGGAUCCCAGAUCCUACCCUGAGAAGUAUGCAGAGGCUUUGAGGGAAGAACAAGAGAGGGCCUAGGCCAGAAAAGCCCAGCAGAUAAUAGAUAUGACUGCUCUGACCAGCACAAUAUGUAGUAAACUCACAGUUUAUGGUCAGGCAGAACAGUAAAAUAAGUGGUAGACCCCCAAAUGAGAGCUAUUGGAAAGAGAGUGUAACCCAUUCCUUUCUUACUGUUCUGUUUGGGUGACUUAGGCUCAUAAUUUUUGAACAUUGUUAACUUUUACUAUAAGGCUCAUUUACUUGAGAAUUUUAAGAUUAAAAAUGACAUCAGUAAUGCCUGUGUUGAUUUAGGUCAGGAGAAUUUUGUUAUCAUAAAAACAAACAGUUUUCUAAUUUGUAAUAUGUCACACAAUCUGAUACCAUCAAAGUUGGAAUUUCCUGGAUAACAGAAAACAUACUGGCAUUAAUAUAAAGAACAGAAUAAAAUAAAAUUUUUGUUGUGUA